GUAUUCAGUGGCGAAUCAUGGAUUAGGUUUUUUCUUGUCAAUAAAAACAUGUAGGAUUCCUAUGUGCUUCAAUUAAGUGUAUUUGUUAUUAGACCAAGGGAAAAUAAACUUUGGUGCAUAGGGAGUCUUCAAUGGCGGCGAGACUAUUCAUCUCAGUAGCUUUGGUGGCCUUUCUCUAUUGGGCAUCCCUUUCUGGAGCUUCUGAUACAAGCCCAGAAGUUGCUUUUGUCAAAAAAACCAUCUCUUCUCACGACAUCGUCAUCUUCUCAAAGUCCUAUUGCCCAUAUUGUAAAAGGGCAAAAGCUGUCUUCAAAGAGUUGAACCAGGUUCCUCAUGUAAUUGAGCUUAAUGAGAGAGCUGACGGCUCUGACAUUCAAGAUGCUCUUCUUGAGAUUGUUGGGAGGCGCACUGUGCCUCAGGUGUUCAUAAAUGGAAAGCACAUUGGAGGCUCAGAUGAUACCGUGGAAGCCUAUGAAAGUGGGAAACUGGCAAAGCUUCUAGGUAUUGCUGCUGAUGAAAAAGAAGAACUCUGAACCAGAACUAACAAAAGUGUUAUUCAGUGCUAGAAUAACUCAUUCGCGUUGCUUUGAAUGCGGUACUUUUGUAACUCAUUCUUUUACCGACAGAGGAUAGAAAUGCAUAUUUAAAACUGUUUUAUUGAGAUAAACUCUGGAGAAAGUAUUAAAAGUGGAUGUACUAAAUGACAUAAUUCGCAAAUUUGUCUUUAAAGAAAUAUUGUGUAUGUAUUUAUUUUCUCAUUCAUCUACUUAAGCCUCUGUGAGUGAUGCUUUUCAGAAUGAAUAAUUAUGUGAAAAAAAUAAUUUCAUGCA